AUGUGGGCGGCGGCGAGGACGACCGCCGCAGCAGCGGAAGCGGCGGCAGCGGCGGCGACAGCAGCAGCCGCGGUAGCUGCGGCAGCGACAGCGACAGCAGCAGCGGUGGCAGCAGCGGCGAUGACGGCAGCACCGACAGCAGCAGUGGCAGCAACAGCGAGACGGAUCUCCUGGCGCUCCGUGGGCCAGAGGCCCGGCGGCUCGCCCGCUUCAACAAGCCGGCGGAACUCACCAGCCGCCGCACUUGGGAGAACCCUCGCCGAAACCCGAGGUACGAGACGUCUCAGUCGCCGACAAGUGCCGAAGCCCUGCUCGCCUCGGUGCCUGCUCGUCAGCAGCACGGAGGAGUCUACCAGCUGGAUGAUCUCGGCGAUUCUUCACGUGGCGGAGGGGCUAGAUGCGAGGGCGGCGCGAAAAUUGCUGUUCGAGCGCCCGGAAGAGGCUCACGCUGCGCGCCAAGAGGCGGAGGACUUCCUGCUGGAGUUUGAAGGGCACUUGGGCACGGGGAUGUUUUCAUUAGCGCCAGAGGGGCUGCCUAUGGGCUCAAAGUGGUGUUUUUGUUGGAAGACAAACAAGGAAGGAAUAAUAGAAAAGUUCAAAGUGCGUCUGGUUGCUAGGGGGGUUUCGCUAGUCCCGAACGUCGAUUAUUUCCAUCGGUCUUCCCCUUGUCCAUCAUCCGCAUCCAUGAAACUGAUACUUGCGGUAGCAAACGAGAAGGGCAUGAACCUCAAUCACUGGGAUGUGAAGCAGGCGUACACACACGCCACGCUAGACGAGGAGUUUUUUCCGAGGCUUCCCGCUGGGUGCGGGGACAAAUCGCAUAAGAUUGUUAAGACUGAGCGUGCGAUUUAUGGUCUGCAGCAGAGUAGUAGGCGGUGGGGGUACCACGCUGCUGAUACGCUAGUCGAGAACGGGUUCGAGCAGUGCAAGGCGGACCCGUGUGUUUUCCGCAAAAUGGUAGACGAAGUUUUGGUGAUGAUCAUCGUGAUUUACGUGGAUGACACCUUGGUGGCUGGGUCUGACGAGGGUUGCGAGGAGUUGCUUGCUUCUCUCAANCAGCAGAGUAGUAGGCGGUGGGGGUACCACGCUGCUGAUACGCUAGUCGAGAACGGGUUCGAGCAGUGCAAGGCGGACCCGUGUGUUUUCCGCAAAAUGGUAGACGAAGUUUUGGUGAUGAUCAUCGUGAUUUACGUGGAUGACACCUUGGUGGCUGGGUCUGACGAGGGUUGCGAGGAGUUGCUUGCUUCUCUCAAGAAGAAGUUCCCCACCAAAAAUCUGGGAGAAUGCGACUGGUUUGACGGGUGUGCCAUCAAGAGAGAUAACGAGGCUUGGACUCUUGAAAUCUCGCAAACCGCGUACAUCGACAGCAUGGUGAAACGCUUAGAUGUACAAUCGACCUCCUGCACCCCUGCUUCCCCUCGUGUCGACCUAAGACCGAAGCGAAAUGAAGAGAAGGGGGGGGAGUGGCCGGUGAGGGAGGCCAUCGGCAGCAUGAUGUGGGUGUCGACGUUCUCGCGUCCAGACGUCUCGUUCGCCGUGCGUGCGGUAGCACGCCACGCCCACGCCCCGGCGGAAGCAGCACUGGGAUGCCAUACUGAAGAUCCUCGGCUACCUGUAAGGGACGAGGGACCUCGGCAUCACCUACUUACGGGAAUCUGGAGACCAGUGGUAGCAGCAUCCAGGUCCCUUGAGGACAACCAAGGGGCCAUAGCGUUGGUACAGAACCCUCUCAGCUCAGGUCGCACGAAACACAUCGACGUGCGGUUUCAUUUCAUCCAUGAAUUGUUCAGGUUGAGGGAUAUUUCGGUCAAGUUCGUUCCGACAACGGAACAACACGCGGACCUCCUAACCAAGGCUCUUAGCAGGGCUGGUCUGCAGUACCACCGGCGCAAGUUGAUGGAUUUGGCGGAGUAG